GGAAAACCCCUCCAGUUCCUCGUCCAUCGUAUCCCUCCCAUCGGCAUCCACUCGGCGCGCCGUAUGCGACAGAUUUGUAAGCGAACAAGAGGGACGACACGCCCUUUCGAAAACCACUCCCUUUUUGCACAGGUUGACGGGCAUUUCUUUUCUUUCGCUCUUCCUCAGCUCACCGAUCAUGCUCGCGGGAUAAGGAACGGGAUACGAUCAUUCGUGUGACGGCCUUGCAUGAGAUCUCGCAGGACUUUGCAUCAAACAUCCUCGAACCGUGUUCCUGCUGUGUACGCCUCUUUGAUCAUCUGGGUUCCUCCCGCAGCCGAAAGGCCUUGUAUAGCCCUAGCUGCCAGGCACGAAAAGCGCCUCGCGUACCUGGCUGAAGACCGGACCGAGUGACGGUACGGAACGGGUACGGACACGGGCACGGGCACAGAUCGGGCGUGCCAGUUUGUUUGAGUUUGUUUGCGGCACGGUAGAGGAGGGACAAGAUGGGGCUGCUAGCCAUUGGCACGCCGCUGGAGUGGCCCGAGGCGAAGAAAGUGGCCAGCCAUGUGAGGGCUUGGGGGAUUGAACAACUCCUUGCGAUCUGGAACCAUGCAAAGGGGAAAGAGAGGGAUGCCAUGCUGUGGGGUGAUGAGAUAGAGUAUCUCGUCGUAGCAUACGAUGAGGAUGCUCACAAGGUGAGGCUAUCGCUGAGACAGGCCGAUAUUCUCGCUGCACUGGCUUCGGAUGAGAAACUCCUGAGCCAGGGCGGAGGCGUCCCUGAUCUCGAGAGGGGGUCUGUUCCGGAAAAUGACAUUACGGCUCCAGUGUUCCACCCCGAGUUCGGCAGAUUCAUGCUCGAAGCUACGCCCGGAAAGCCUUGGGGAAUAGGCUUCAAGGACCUGCUAGACGUCGAGCGGAACAUGAAGUGGCGACGAAAGAUAGCCAAGGAGCAUAUGGACAGCACCGAGUUUCCCAUCACACUGACUACAUUUCCCAGUCUCGGGCGAGAAGACUGCACCAUCCCUUCGUAUCCCGUUUCUGGCCCCAAACUACGGUCACAGUUCGUCCCGGACGAGAUUGCAAAUCCGCAUAUCAGGUUUCCCACGCUCGCUGCCAAUAUCCGCGCUCGAAGAGGACGAAAAGUGGAAAUCAAUGUGCCGAUUUUCAAGGACGAGAAGACUCCGUGGCCGUUCAGGGAUCCCACUGUCAACUAUGAUCUCCACAAGUGGCCUGAAGACGACGAUGUUCGAAACGGAGCUGCUAAGGAAAACUACAUUUACAUGGACGCCAUGGCGUUCGGCAUGGGAAGUUGUUGCUUGCAAAUCACCUUUCAAGCUAAGAACAUUGAAGAAGGGAGGAAGAUGUAUGACCAGCUUAGUCCACUGGGUCCAAUUCUGUUGGCACUAACGGCAGCGACUCCGAUAUACAAAGGAUUCCUCGCUGAUACUGAUGUACGCUGGAAUCAAAUCAGUAAGGCCGUGGAUGAUCGGACGGCAGAAGAGUUGGGUGAGAAGCCCCUCAAGAACGACCGCUGGCGGGUGCCCAAGUCACGCUAUGCUUCGAAUUCAACAUACAUAUCUGAAGAUACCCGCUUACGGCCUGAAUACCUAGAUCCCAACCUCGUUAUAGACACCGACCUCAAGAAAAGACUAGUUGAAGGAGGCAUGGACGACUUACUGGCAACUCAUUUCGCUCAUCUCUUCAUCCGCGACCCCAUUGUCGUCUUCAGCGAAGAUCUAAAGGAGCUCGAUCUCACCAAGGCCGAUCACUUUGAGAAUCUGCAAUCCACAAACUGGCAGCAUAUGCGGUUCAAGCCGCCCCCACCGGGCUCCGACAUGGGCUGGCGCGUCGAGUUCCGCCCCAUGGAGAUCCAAAUCACCGACUUUGAGAACGCCGCUUUUUCCAUUUUCAUUGUGCUCAUCACGCGUGCCAUUCUAUCCUACGACCUCAACUUCUACAUCCCAAUCACCCGGGUGAGCGAGAAUAUGGAAACGGCGCAUAAGCGCGACGCAGUGAAUACGGAGAAAUUCUACUUCCGAAAGGACCCGUUCCAGGUGCGGUCGGUGGAAGGUGGAGCGGUGAGUGGGAAUAGCAGACCAGCGACUCCGCCCUUACUGCCCGUGGAAGAGGAAUAUACACUCAUGACCAUCAACGAAAUCAUCAACGGCCAGCCCGACAAGGACGGGAACGGUUUCCCUGGGCUGAUUCCCCUGGUAGAGAAUUACCUCGACAGCAUGAACGUAGAUGUCGAGACGCGCUGCGCGCUCGCACGGUACCUGGAGCUUAUCAGGAGGAGGGCUGACGGCUCGUUGUGGACGGCGGCGAAGUGGAUCCGGGAGUUUGUGAAGAGGCAUCCCAAGUAUGCACGGGAUAGUCAGGUGGAUGAUGAGAUUCAGUACGAUUUGGUCAAGACGGUGGAGGGUAUUACGAGAAGUGAGGGGAGGGAUGGGGUUGGCGCGGAGAUGCUGGGGAGGGGGAGGUAGGGUCGAGGAGGGAAGAGAGCGCAGUGGAAGCGGGGAUAGAGCUGCGAAGGAUGAUGGGUGAAUAUUUGGGAUAUGAGAUAAGCUAGGUGGUUAUUCGGGCAUUGCGUGCGUGACAUUUCGAUGGGUUUCUCGGCAUAGCAACUGCAUCUUUGAUGAGCAUUCGCAUACAUAUUUACACGGUAUAGACAUCUAUCUCUGCAAAAGUUUCAAGUUUCCUCAUCAACCCGGACAUUCGGAAAAGGAUACAAGGCAGUCAGUCUAGUCGGUAGAUUCCAUCAUAGUCGGACCAUGGCCCCGCCUUUUGCCAUCGAUUUUUCUCCGGAUGCAGCCGAGUUAUAGGC